CAGUGCCUCUUCUCUGACUGAGGCCCAGCCCCCUUCGCCCGUGCCCGUCACCAGCGAUGCCAGCAUGUCUGACAAACUGCCCUACAAAGUAGCUGACAUCGGCCUGGCUGACUGGGGAUGCAAGGCCCUGAACAUUGCGGAGAACGAGAUGCCGGGCCUGAUGCGCUUGCGUGAGAGGUACUCAACUUCCAAGCCGCUUAAGGGCGCCCGCAUCGCUGGCUGCCUGCACAUGAUGGUGGAGACGGCCGUCCUCAUUGAGACCCUGGUCGCCCUGGGUGCUGAGGCGCCGUGGUCCAGCUGCAACAUAUUCUCCACCCAGGACCAUGUGGCAGCUGCUAUUGCCAAGGCUGGCAUUCCAGUGUAUGCCUGGAAGGGCGAAACGGAUGAGGAGUACCUGUAG